AUGGGCGCCUAUGCCUACCAAACCUUUAACGACACCGAGUGGAAGCCGUUCACAUACGCCUACUGCCUCGACCACCAGAUGCAAGCUGGCUUCUCCAAGCCUAACUCGAACAACUUCUCGGAGAGCCGCGUCUGGAGGCCCACUCUUGAGCACCUUUGGAUCUCGGGGUCCUCCAAUGCCUUCGACUUCGCUGUGGCGGAACUGCGCAUGCCGAGGAAGUCCAGCGAGACAUAUGGUGCACCGCACACGAUCUUCGUCAACAUCAGUGUCUCGAGGAACUCACUGGACUUGGACUUCAUCACGGUGGGCAAGCUGCCGACCAUGAUUGGGGAGUCGAGCUCGGUGGCCUUCCGCCCCUCGCCGGCCCUCAAACGCCACCUGGGCUCAGCCUGGCGGCUGCGGAAGCUGGGUCAGGAGAUCGACCCCGAGGGUGUCCAGGACGGCGGCAGCCAGUACACGCACGGCGUCUGGGGGGGCGCGACCGUCGACACUGCCCAUGGUCACAUGACACUGGACUCCUGGGAUGCCAUCAACAUGAACCCCAUCACACCGGACUUUCCGAUGGGAAACCCGCUGCCAGCCAGCUAUCACGAGGCGACCGCCAAAGCUGGAAAGGGCCUCUCGCGCUUGGCAGCAGGCAGCGUGGAAGGCAUGGCGGUGAACCUCCACAACAACCUUUGGAACACCAACUAUGCCUUGUAUUAUCCCUUUUUCGACCCUCGAUUCUGUGCCGGCCCGUUGCAGUGCAGGAACAGCGCCUCGGCAUAA